CUCUGCUGGCUUAUCACUAUCUCUUUCCCCAUCUCCGGCGAAGGCUCAGACCAACUUCGGCACAAAUCCGACUGCAGUAUGGGUUUUGCUCCAAUUAUUCGCAGUUCCAUUGCCAGAAAGCUGCUGCUUUCUUCAAGACCCAACUCCACAAUGUUAUCUUCCUCAUGGGUCUUGACUGAUCGGAGUAGAUCCUUGUUUGACCUUGCUGCCAAUGACAGCAGUGAUGGGAUUGGCAAGAAUCGGAGGAGCUUCUCGUCGUUGGCUGGGUACAACGUGAGCUCAGGUGGGUACAUGCGUGGGACUGUGUUCUGGGAACCCAAUAAGCCACUCACCAUUGAAGAAUUUCAUAUGCCUCGGCCUAAAGCUGGAGAGCUUCUCAUCAAAACCAAAGGCUGUGGAGUGUGUCACUCUGACCUUCAUGUUAUAAAAGGUGAAAUUCCAUUUUCUAGUCCAUGUGUUAUUGGGCACGAGAUAACUGGGGAAGUUGUUGAGCAUGGGCCCCUCACAGACGGCAAAAUCAUACAAAGAUUUCCAAUUGGAUCCCAAGUGGUCGGAGCGUUCAUCAUGCCUUGUGGAAACUGUUCCUACUGUUCAAAGGGCCAUGAUGAUUUAUGUGAAGAUUUUUUUGCUUAUAAUCGGGCUAAAGGGACUCUCUAUGAUGGGGAAACUAGGCUGUUCUUGCGUAGUAGUGGAAAACCGGUGUACAUGUAUAGUAUGGGAGGCCUCGCCGAAUACUGUGUCAUCCCAGCAAAUGCUUUGUCCAUUUUGCCAAGCUCACUGCCUUACACUGAAUCUGCCAUUCUAGGCUGUGCUGUAUUUACUGCUUAUGGGGCCAUGGCACAUGCAGCUGAGGUCCGCCCUGGGAAUUCUGUGGCUGUGAUUGGAAUAGGAGGAGUUGGUUCAAGUUGUUUGCAGAUAGCAAGGGCAUUUGGUGCCUCUGAUAUAAUUGCUGUAGAUGUUCAGAAUGAUAAAUUGCAGAAGGCUAAGACUUUUGGUGCCACUCAUACCAUAAAUGCAAAACAAGAAGAUGCUGUUGAAAGGAUUAGAGAAAUAACUGGAGGAAUGGGUGUGGAUAUUGCUGUGGAAGCCUUGGGAAAACCACAGACAUUUUCACAGUGUACACAAAGUGUAAGAGAUGGUGGAAAAGCAGUAAUGAUUGGGCUUUCACAGGCAGGGGCUGUAGGUGAAGUGGACAUAAACCGUCUUGUUCGUAGAAAGCUGUGGUAUAAACUUUCUUGCAAUAAUAUCAUGGAGCAGAUACAAGUCAUUGGCUCCUAUGGAGCAAGAGCCAGGCAGGAUCUACCCAAGUUGGUAAGACUAGCAGAAACAGGAAUCUUCAAUCUUACCGAUGCUGUUUCACGAAAAUACAAAUUUGAGGAGGGAAACCAAGCAUUUCAGGAUCUCAACCAAGGAAUCAUUGUCAGUCGAGGUGUGGUUGAGAUUAUGUAGUUUUUCUCAUAAUCAGUUCUUAAUGUCUGUUCCAACUUUUAUUCAAGGCACAUACAUGGAUGUCUUGAAUUUGGCAUGUUUUGCUUAAUUAUUGAGUUCAGGAUCAUUUGACUCUUAUGAUCCAGGAUUGUUCACUUAUGAUUGUUGUCAUAAUGCUGCAAUCUCCCUUCAAACCAUUGUCAUAUAGAGUAUUAUUCUGCCAAAGGUUAAAGCAAAUGCCACUUUUUUUUUUUUCUAUUUACUUUUAUUUUCUUCCUUUUUUCUUUCACCUUUGCUUGUAAUUCAACUUACAAUUCCGGAAUGUUGAACAGGAAGACCAUCAUGGUAAAAAUUGUUCUGUGCACCGUCCUAUAGGCCAUGUUCUAGUUAGAACAUUCUGGGGGAAUUGCCAUCCUUGAAAGGUGCUGCCCGCUUACCCCUGGAAUCUGCUGCAACGUAUUUUUCUCAACUAAAGAUGACAUUUCCCCUGUAAGUCCUUUUCGGUUUGGACCCCAGUUACUAGAAAAUUGUCUAUUAACUAUCAUGUUUAGUCUGCGACUGGUGCACGGCACUUUCUGGGGACCAUAUUUUUCUCCCAAAAUGAGCUAACCAAACACAGCCUAGGUUAUUACAUUUCAUAGCAAUCUUUUGUAUGAUGAGCUGCUCUUUUCGGCCAAGGUAAUCUGACUCAUGAAACUUUGAAAUCCUUCUCUACAUUCCUAUAUAAAAAAAGGGGUUUGUCUAUAAAGCAAUUAUUAGUUA